CUCGACCGGCGUGCAUACGAGAUGCUCGUACCGUAUUGACGUAUACUAUAUAUUUUUUUUUUGUUGAGUGCUAAAUACUAAAUACCAUUCUAUGAUACCUCGUGAGCGUGUCGGUAAAAGAACGGUCGCAUUCUAGUGUUCCAUCGUUAUACGUGGACAAAGUGUUGUUCAAUAUUGAUAAUUACUUUAGUGCAACGUUCAAAGUGUACGAGCACGAGGACAGUGUCGGCUCACCAAGGCCCUUACAGGGCAUGGCGGCCACGACAUACCUUCCGGCAAGUAGUGCGGUUUCCGAUUUGGAAGGUAGUGCCUUAGGAAUGAAUAUUGUCGGGGGAUACCAUACCAGCGCCUCACCGAGAUCGGCUGCUGACGCUAGCGAAAUGAAAUACUUACCGCAGCAUCACAAUCAUCACCAUCACAUCGCUAGUUCGCCAAGUCCUGGCGGACACGCCGCGAUGUCUUUGUCGGCGGCGAAUCCUUGGGUGAGCUUGCAACCCGGGGCCGAUCCGUGGGCCGCUUCCAUGGCUGGAAUGCAUCAUCAUCCCCAUCAUCAAGACGUUAAGCCUUUGUCACAACAAGCUGAGAUGAUGCAUCACCAGCGUCAGCAACAACAGAGCAUGGGCUCACCUCACGGUUGGCCCGGUCCGGUUUCUUCGGCACAUUAUCACCAGGGCGGUGCCGGAUCGCCUCUACACCAAUACCAUUCGGUAAUGAACAAUAUGUUGGCUCAUCAUCAAGGAGCACCUCAAUUACAUCACUCCUUGCACAGAGACAUGCAAAGUCCGCACCACCCGCAACAUCCUGACAGAGAUGUUAGCGGCGGCGAAGACGAAACACCCACUAGUGACGAUUUAGAAGCGUUCGCCAAACAAUUUAAGCAACGCAGAAUAAAAUUAGGAUUCACCCAAGCGGACGUUGGAUUAGCCCUAGGAACGCUAUACGGCAACGUUUUUUCACAGACGACUAUUUGUAGGUUCGAGGCUUUACAGUUGAGCUUUAAAAAUAUGUGCAAGUUGAAACCGUUGCUCCAAAAGUGGCUGGAGGAAGCGGACUCCACGACAGGUUCGCCCACGUCGAUAGACAAAAUCGCGGCGCAAGGACGUAAGAGAAAAAAGCGCACUAGCAUAGAGGUGUCCGUGAAAGGUGCUCUUGAACAACACUUUCACAAACAACCAAAACCUUCCGCUCAAGAAAUCACCUCAUUAGCAGACAGUCUGCAAUUAGAAAAAGAGGUUGUCAGGGUAUGGUUCUGCAAUAGGCGCCAAAAAGAAAAACGAAUGACGCCGCCCAACACGUUGGGCGGCGAAAUGAUGGACGGUAUGCCACCAGGUAGUCAUAUGCACCCGGGCUACGGUCACCAUCCUGAUAUGCACGGUUCUCCGAUGGGCCAACAUUCUCAUAGUCAUAGUCCUCCGAUGUUGUCUCCCCAAGGCAUGAGCCAUCAACUUGCUGCUCACUAGCACGUAGCCCACUGGGCCUCCCUUCUUCACCACAACGACAACGGCUAAUAACGAAAGCCGCCCUGGGCGGCUUCACUACCUCAAAAAGGACUGACGUGCGUCUAAUGAGCCGUUGAGGAGGCUCGAGUGGACUCGGUAAAAAAAAAAAAACUCAAAAGUGCAAGUGAGUACUAGUACCUUAGAAACUGACCCGUGCCGGGUCGCUUUGUACAAUGUACAUUUUUUUUUCAAAUGUAAAUAAGAAGAGUGAUAAAAUAGCCGUUUGCGCCAACGCGACGGUAACCUGUAAUAUAUAAUAAGUAGAAUGGACUUUGUAAAUAGUAAUAAUAAUAUUUAAUUAUUAUUAUUAUCUUCUUUUGAAACGCCCUCACUUUCUAGUUUUUGUGAGUGAAUAAAUUAGGAGAGAUGAAAAUUCGGGAAUAAUUUUUUAAAAAAAAUUGGUAAGUUUUUUUUUUGUUUUUAUAAUUCUUACCUACCCUAUAAUAUUGGCACAAAUUGGUGUGCACCUGUUUUAAUUUAUCAUAAACACUAUGCCAACGUUUUGUUUAACAUAAAAUAAUUAAAACAAUGAAUCAUUGAUUUUAAUUUUAUUCAUCUCUCUUAUUUUAUCUGGCGCAACGUGAUUUGUAUUUUUUAAAAAAACAGGAAAAUUUUAAAUACAAAAAAUGGGACGGUUGUCAAAACCAGAAACAAUUUAAAAAUGUAAGUUUAUAUGUAUAGCUAGAAUGUCAUACAUAUAUUAUUAAAAAAAAAUUAUUAAGAGUUGUUUUUGCGUUGUUAUUUUUUUUUUGGUUAGUGUCUGUGCAGUUUGUUCUUGACUUUUUAUUUUUGGAUAAUCAGUCAAAAUAAAAUAACUUAAUAAAUUAGGUUGAUAUGGGUGUUUUUCCUUUUUGUAUUUGGUCAUUUUUUUUGGCUCGUUUUUGUCUUUUUUUCGGAUUUCAAUUUUUGGCAAUACAUAUACCAAGAUGAAAACGAGAUAAAACUAU